AUGAAAUUCUACAAAUCAGAUAAACCCAAGGUAUACUAGGGUGUGCGUGUGAAGACAACUGUUAAGGAGUUACUGCAAAAGCACAGAGCCCUGCAGGCACAGAAAACCGCAACGAAAUCACAAGGCAUGGUGGCUCGCGAUGUCUGCUCUACACCAUGAAUAGUAACCCACCUUGAUGUCUUUGGAAUGCAAGCUUCAGAGCCCUAUUUCCAGACAUGUCCCUUUACCGAAAAUGCCAACAUCCCGAUGGAGAAUGCUUAUGAUCAUCAACAGAUGAUGCACAUGAUGCCACCUGAGACUUUCAGCGGCAGUAAUUUCGUGUGUCCCACUUCUUCGCAGUGGUCUAAUGGAUAUAUACCUUCUAAUACGGACCUCUAUAGUACUAGCCUGGUAUCGAGGUCACCCUCAGACUCCUUCAAUCUCCCCAGUCCAGUCGACUACAACAGUUAUUCUCCCCCUCAGUCUAACUCUUCAUCUUCUUUGUGCUAAUCUCCCCUAAAGAUGGAUUUGAGCUCCAGUUUCUCUCCAGAAAAUUAUCACUAUUAGCAUUGCAACCUACAGCAUUGUUUUUGUCUCUCGCACUGGUCCAAUGUGCAGGAAGGCAUGACAACUACAGAGUAUGCGCCCUAUGGCUCAUCAGACUGUUUGUAUUCAUAUGGCGACGACAGUUAUUUCAGAAGGGAUACUUAAAACUCAGAGAUGUGUUACUUAUAAAAUUUAUUUUGAAGCACUUUGCACCAAAAUUCAGUGUCAUAAUUGAUUCAUUUGAAUGCAUUUGUUGUAUUUUAGUUUAGAUAAAAGAACAAGCAGUGAUAGAAUGCAUGAUUGGGCAUACUUAGGAGAGUAGUUUAAGCAAAAAGGUUGAUUGCAGAGAGCUAAAUGUGUGUGAGUAUAAUUAACAAAUUAUUCAUUUAUCUUUUCUACAAUAAAAAUAUUUUUUCGUAA